AUGACGUUAUCGGUUCACAGUGGCGAGAGACCAUACAAAUGUGUUUAUUGCAAUAAGGCUUUCACAGCAUCCAGCAUCCUGCGUACUCAUAUACGUCAACAUUCUGGUGAAAAACCUUUUAAGUGUAAACACUGCGGGAAAGCUUUCGCGUCACAUGCAGCACACGACAGUCACGUGCGAAGGACUCAUGCCAAGGAGAAAAUGUGCAUGUGCACUACAUGUGGAAAGACGUUUUCUCAACCAUACGAACUAAAAUUCCACAUGAAUGUCCAUACUCAAGACUGAAGUUGAACAGGUAACAGCAGCACUAGUAGAAAACAGUAACAACAGCAGUAAUAGGAAUAGUAACAGCAACAGUAACAACAACAGCAGCACUCAUUGGACAAACGUUAAACAACUACAGCAGCAAUACA